CUUACCAGAAAAAUCACUUUUCUUCUCUGGAGGGUGAACACUUAUAGCAUCGAUUUCACGGAUCUGGUAACAUGGCAAAAGAUGUAUCUGGACAAAACGCUGUGAUUCCUUGUUUAAAAAGCCCCCAGUUUCCAGCAACACGUGGAAAUAAGCCUGAGUCUUCGGUGGUCAGCAGCUAACAUGGCACUUUAGAAGCACGUCUCUUCCGCUGGCGGCACGCUAUGGAGAGCGUUGAAAUGCAGGCCGGUCUAAUUGAAGCCAACGGGGAGCUAAAGGUCUUCAUAGACCAGAACCUCAGUCCUGGAAAAGGUGUUGUGUCCUUGGUGGCCGUCCACCCGUCCACAGUGAACACGCUCGGGAAGCAGCUCCUGCCAAAGACGUUCGGACAGUCCAACGUCAACAUCGCACAGCAAGUGGUGAUUGGUACUCCUCAGCGGCCUGCGGCGCCCAGCACGAUCGUGGUCGGAAGCCCGCACACGCCUAGCGCCCACUUUGUCUCCCAGAACCAGCCUUCAGAGCCUUCACCCUGGUCUGCCGGGAAACGCAACAGGAAGGGCGAGAAGAACGGGAAGGGCUUGCGGCACUUCUCCAUGAAGGUCUGUGAGAAGGUGCAGAGGAAGGGGACCACGUCCUACAACGAGGUGGCCGACGAGCUGGUGGCGGAGUUCAGUGCCGCCGAUAACCACAUCUUGCCCAGCGAGUCCGCUUAUGACCAGAAGAACAUAAGACGGCGAGUCUACGAUGCCUUAAACGUGCUCAUGGCCAUGAAUAUCAUCUCCAAGGAGAAGAAGGAGAUCAAGUGGAUCGGCCUGCCCACCAACUCGGCUCAGGAAUGUCAGAACCUGGAGGUAGAAAGACAGAGAAGACUUGAAAGAAUAAAACAGAAACAGUCCCAGCUUCAAGAACUCAUUCUGCAGCAAAUUGCCUUCAAGAAUCUGGUGCAGAGAAACCGCCAGGCAGAGCAGCAGGCCAGCCGGCCACCCCCGCCCAACUCUGUCAUCCACCUGCCGUUCAUCCUUGUGAACACCAGCAAGAAGACCGUCAUCGACUGCAGCAUUUCUAAUGACAAAUUCGAGUACCUGUUCAAUUUUGACAACACAUUUGAAAUCCACGAUGACAUCGAGGUGCUGAAGCGUAUGGGGAUGGCCUGCGGGCUGGAGUCCGGGAGUUGCUCUGCCGAAGACCUGAAAGUAGUGAGGAGCCUGGUACCAAAAGCGCUGGAGCCCUAUGUGACGGAAAUGGCUCAGGGAUCAAUCGGCGGUGUCUUCGUCACGUCGUCAGUGUCGACUUCUAACGGCACGAGGCUCUCUGCCAGUGACUUGACCAAUGGUGCGGACGGCAUGCUGGCCACGAGCUCCAGCGGGUCUCAGUACAGCGGGUCCAGGGUGGAGACCCCCGUUUCCUACGUCGGGGAGGACGAUGAGGACGAGGACGACUUCAAUGAAAACGAUGAGGAGGACUGAUGCUGCCUGCCGGCCCCGCCCUCACAUCCAGCUUCAGGAACACGUGCAGGAGAAACACUUUUUAGCGUGGGUUUUUCUGUUUCCUUUUGGCCUCCUCCCAAGAAGACGCUGUAAGCUGUUGAGUUGGACGUGCGUCUCCGACAAGCAGGCGAGGGUGUCUCCGUAGGAUCGCAGGUGGCCCGUGGUGUGUUUGGGUGCCGUGUGCUGAUGCAGGGCCUGUUCACUGUGUAGGAUUUUGUGUUUUCAUUUUCUAUUUUUUUAAAUUUGGAGUUUGUUUUUUUCCCUUUAACGAUUCUUGCUGAGUUUACUGAAGAAGUGCUCUACGCUCAUCAACGAAGUCAGACGCCGUCCUGUCGCUUGUGCCCGUGCAGCCGGAAGCCGCUUGGUUGCAGCCAUUGUGAGUGGCGCCCCUGCUGGCGGAGUGAGGCUCCACAGCGCCGCGUCCCGGAGCUGAGCGAAGGGCAGGGCUCUGCUCGUCUGCAUCCGCGUGAGGCGCCACAACUUGCGUUAUAACUGUUUCCCUUAAGUUAUAUCAACUGUGCGAUUCCAUCGAGGUGAUGCGUGUUUGCUGUGUCACAGCAGAGAAAUCGCGAAGCUGUCUCAUUUCUGUUUGUUGUCGUUUUGUUUGGGAAAUGUCCUGCCGCGCUGGUGCAGCCAGGAGGACUGUCUGGAGGUUUGGAAUGGGGUGUUUGUUGCUUAUGGUAAAAUUUGCCUGAUUUCUUACAGGCAGCGUUUGGAGACUUUUUAUUAUAUAGUUGUUUACAUACUUAUAAGUCUAUGGUUUAAAGACACGUACGGAAACAAAUGUUGUAUUUGUUUCGUCAGCAUCUUCCUGUAAUCUAUUAUAAAGUUGAAAUUAAAUAUAGAGAAUGUUUUAACAGUUUUUUAACUCAAAAUUUGUCAAUCAUUUUUAAUAGUUCUUUUUUUAUAAAAGGAAAAAGGAAUUUCGGGACAGGCAGUAGUCUCUUUUAAAAUUUAUUCACCAAGAACCAUUAACUGCACAGUUGCUGUUAGCUGCCUGUUCUAAAACAAUAGUCUUUUUAUUGAAACACAAAUAAACUUUUCUGUAAUAUUUUAUGGAAUAUAAAGAGACUUUAAUUGUUCGACUUGUUUAACUUGGCACUGUUAGUUUUUAUUAAUAAAACUCGCA